GAUUCGUGAUCCUUCGUCGCCCAUCGUGAUUUACAAGCUUCUAAAUACCCCAGAGUUUCUCGACCAUGAUUAGGACUUUGUGUUGUGUUUUGGUUUUGUGUCAUGUAUUGCCACAAACCUACAGCUCAUGUGGUCACCCAGUCAAAAACCCCAUCCAUUACCACAGCGAUCACUUCGACCGCGUGAUAGGGGGUGAGGAAGCUCGCAUGGGGUCCCUGCCAUGGAUGGUGAUGUUGACGGAGAAUGGGGCCCAGGUUUGUGGUGGAUCGGUCAUAACAGACAGACUCGUGUUAACGGCAGCCCAUUGCUUCGAAGACCCAGAGAGUCUUGACCCAAGACGAUGGCUUGCCUAUGUCGGAAAGCAUCAUCUUCGAUACCAGGACUUAACUGAACAGAAACACACGAUAAACCAGAUAAUGAUGCACGAGGGAUACGACAAGGAUACAGCCAGAAAUGACAUAGCGAUACUCAUUUUGAACGAGCGUGUGAUGUUCAAUAGCUUUGUCAUGCCCAUAUGCUUACCUGGUUUCUCCCUGAGUUCUUUACUAAAUCACCACUCUCAUUCUAAUCAUGUUUAUGGCAUCGUGGCUGGAUGGGGGGACACAAGAGAGGAUAACCCACGAUUUGUAUUAAACCAAGUAUCACUACCAAUUCUUAACGACCGAGUGUGCGGUGCCCACAACUGGUAUGGGAGCGAAUUUUUGCCACAGACCACUUUUUGUGCGGGGUAUGAACAAGGCGGGAAAGACGCGUGUUUAGGUGAUAGUGGAGGUCCGUUUAUAAUAAAAAACCACAACGGAUUAUGGGUACAAGUCGGUAUCACGAGCUGGGGGUACGAUUGCGCUCAGCCUCGGGCUCCCGGAAUCUACACUGACGUCACAAUGUACAUGCCGUGGAUCACACAGAAAGCACAGAAGUUUAAUAUAUACAUUCCAUAUUUGGCUACUUGAUACUUCAAGUUUUUGUUUGCUUUUUUCAAAGAAUCUCUUAAAAUCGGUUUUCUUGUAUAGUACGAAAUGACUUUUCCAAAUGAACUUAAAAAUAUAAAGAAACUGUGCAAGUUUGGAAAAUGUGCAUCAUGAUAUUGCGCUAUUUAAAUGAAAACAGCAGAUAUAGA